GAUGAGCCGGGCUCAUGGAGCCCCAAGAAUAGAGUUGGGUAGGUCAUAGGGUGUGAAGUAUUCGAGGAAGCAUGUAAGGCAGCAUUAAGAUAUUGAAGUGUCCUGUCACCAUGGUGCAUGCCGUUCGCCAUGCCUGAUCUGCGAAGUCUGUAGCAUUUGAAUGCCUGGAAAUCCUAAUGCAUGCAGUACAUCUGCACCUUAGAUUCAGACUACGAUGGCUAGACGCCUGAUUGGAAAAGUGGCCUGCUGGGGAAACGGUGAUUAUGGAAGGUUGGGGCAUGACUGUGCCAAAAGCCUCGCAGUUCCCAGUCUUGUACCCGCAUUGAUUAAUCAAAAAUUUCUCUCCGUGGCGUGUGGAGGUGCACACACAGCAGCCGUUGCUGUUGAUGGAAGCGUGUUCACUUGGGGACUGAAUGACCACGGUCAGCUGGGGCACUACACACAUCAGGAGUUUUCCAUGCAGGAACCGCAGGAGGUCUUCCUGCCGGAAGCUGCCGUGCAAGUAGCAAUGGGGCACAGCCAUACGCUCUUCCUGACAGAGAGCUCCAGCGUGUGGGCCGUGGGCAGCAACAUGCAUGGGCAGCUAGGCUUGCGAAGGAGGGGUGGACAGGAAUGGGUCCCACGCCGUGUCCAGGACCUUGUUGGAACGAAGAUAAUUGGGAUUGCCGCUGGAGCUCAACAUUCCCUGGCAGUAUCUGCAGACGGCGAGCUCUUCACAUGGGGUGGUGACACGCGUGGCUGCUUAGGUCAUGGUAGAUCUUCAUUUGCUGCUACCCAAGACGAGUCUGCACCCCGCCUUGUGAAGAAGCUUAAAGGCAUCAUGGUGCAGAGCGCUGCUGGUGGGCUCAUGAAUUCAGGGUGUGUGGAUGCGAACGGUGCUGCAUACUUUUGGGGCCCAUACCUGCGGCAAUCACCACUCACAAAGGCAGCUACCGAGGCAAAUGAGCCCGAAGUUCUCUCAGGGGUGCAGAAUGUGAAGCAGCUGGCCCUAGGCGGCCGGCAUCUAGUGGCGCUCACACAUGGUGGCCGCGUGGCAACCUAUGGGACAAGUGAGUAUGGACUGCUAGGGCUGGGAUCCAGUGACCCGCCCUCACCCUUCCAGCCUACGCUGAUCCCUGACGUUUCCUUGGAACAGGUUGCAGCAGGGUGGCAGCACAGUGCAGGUGUGACCAGCGAUGGGCAGCUGUUGACGUGGGGUUGGGGCGGCUCUGUGGGGAGUGAGUCGGGGCUGUUCCCAGAUCAGACUUCUGCUGGUGGCCAGCUUGGCCAUGAUAACGAGUUUGAUUACUGGAAGCCAACUCCUGGCAACGUCAUGUAA